GGAUGUGUAUUAUUGAUGCGCUAACCUAUGCGAGACUCGGAGCAACGCUCGGGAACGUCGUCGCAAGAUUCGCACAAUCCUGAUCCGCUACGCGGGUAACGCUCGUUUUGUCGUCGAAGGUCGACAGCGGUGACAAACCGCGGCUGUUUCAUCUUGGCGAGAUCGUCGCUCCCAACGUGUUUCAUCAGCGAGAUCGUCUACCGCCGCGCGGUAAUUCCCUGUGCGUAACGCGUUCUCCGCACGCACGUCGGUGUAGCUGUCUGUCGCAAUCCGACCUCUGGGUUCCUUGGACUUCAACUCGAGCGAAACCAAUCAAUGAGAUUCAUGGAUGAGAUACAGUUGCUAGAUGAUAGAGCGUGAAAAAUUGGACUGUAUCCAGUCCAAAGAAAAGUCUAAAACCUCGAAGAACAGAGCACAAUAGUAUCCACCACGGCUUUCACAGACAUGGUUGGAUUGGCGGGCGGGGGCGGUCAUUUGUACCCCUCGCCCCCCAUGCAGCCAAAUCCAGAGUUGAGAGAAAUGACAGGGAUAGCACCGAGCGCACCUACCAGUGCGGAUGCCUGCUUGAGUAUUGUGCAUUCGUUGAUGUGUCAUCGCCAAGGUGGUGAAAGUGAAGGUUUCAGCAAACGCGCAAUUGAAUCCCUGGUGAAGAAACUCAAAGAGAAGCGAGAUGAGUUGGAUAGCCUGAUCACCGCGAUAACCACUAACGGCGCGCAUCCUAGCAAGUGUGUCACUAUCCAGAGAACUCUAGAUGGCAGACUGCAAGUUGCUGGACGCAAAGGAUUUCCCCACGUAAUAUACGCUCGCAUCUGGAGAUGGCCAGAUUUGCACAAGAACGAGCUGAAGCAUGUGAAAUACUGCCAGUUCGCUUUCGAUUUGAAGUGCGAUUCCGUAUGCGUGAAUCCGUAUCACUACGAGCGAGUGGUAUCGCCCGGCAUAGACCCGUUCUUUACAGACCUGUCUGGAUUGACUCUUCAAUCUCCCGUGGGUGUGGGCGGCAGGCUGGUUAAGGAUGAGUAUACGGUCGGAGGCGGUGGUACCGCUGCCGCGGCAGCUGCGGCCGCGGUGGGAUCGCCAAUGGACGUGGACGGUGAGAUGAAUCAGACUAUUCAGCACCAUCCACCAGCUCAGCCACCUGCAUCCAACAACGCUCAACAAACUCAGCAGGGUUUCAUACCGGGUUUACCACCCCCUAAUCCAACCAGUACUGAGGGUAUGUUUAGCACCGGUGGGGGCGGGAAUAAUGGUAAUCCUCACGCUAAACUGGAUGACAAUAAUUGCCCCAGACAAACCUGGAUACCUACGCCUCAUCACUCGGCAGGUCGAAACAUGCAUCAUCCAGUAGUACAUCCAAUGAGUCACACCGUAGGUAGCCAACAGCAAUCACUCAACUCCGCGUCGAGCGGAACAUCCGGCUCACAGAUCCUGAGUCCGUCACAAGGUCAAUCACCAGCCGAGACGUUUUACAACAGUGCCACAUCUCCGCAAGAUAUCAGCCAACCCUCCACAGUCGAUUCGUUAGCGGCCUCUCUAGGUGAAGGACAGAGUUCUCCUGUAUCGCCUGUGCAUUUACAUCAUCCAAACGGUUUCCCCGUGGGCACAGCGCCGUACAAUUCCGGAGCGCCCCAAUGGACUGGUGCCAAUACUCUCACAUAUACUCAAAGUAUGCAGCCGCCGGAUCCACGUCACAUGCACACAACAGCGUACUGGGGUCAUGGAAAUGACGUCGGAAAUAUCGGAUUGCUCUCCACACAGCCGGCACCAGAAUAUUGGUGUUCCGUCGGUUACUUCGAGUUGGACAUUCAAGUUGGUGAGACGUUUAAGGUCAGCAGCGGAUGUCCAACCGUCACCGUAGAUGGCUAUGUGGAUCCGAGCGGUGGGAACAGAUUCUGUUUAGGUGCCUUGAGCAACGUGCACAGAACAGAACAGAGCGAAAAAGCACGUCUCCAUAUAGGCAAAGGCGUUGUGCUAGACUUGAAGGGUGAAGGUGACGUUUGGUUGAGAUGUCAGAGUGAACACAGUGUCUUUGUACAAUCGUAUUACUUAGACAGAGAGGCGGGCCGAGCACCUGGUGACGCAGUACACAAAAUCUAUCCUUCAGCAUACAUUAAAGUUUUUGAUUUGAGACAGUGUCAUAAGCAAAUGCGAGGCCAAGCAGCGACCGCUCAAGCCGCCGCAGCGGCUCAAGCUGCGGCUGUUGCCGGUCAUUUAACGCACGGAGCUCCUAUCACUAAAAGUCUUAGUGCGGCUGCAGGAAUUGGAGUUGAUGAUUUAAGAAGGCUUUGUAUUCUGCGUUUGAGUUUUGUGAAAGGGUGGGGUCCGGACUAUCCACGACAAAGCAUAAAAGAGACACCAUGCUGGAUUGAAGUGCAUUUACACAGAGCGCUUCAAUUGCUGGACGAGGUAUUGCACACAAUGCCCAUUGACGGGCCACGAGCAAUCGAAUAAUUCCGUCGAUUGAUCUUGAACUAUAAGAAACUUGAAUAAAGAAUAUCACGGCAUCGUCAUUGAAAUCCAGUGAAUACGUGUAACGUGCAUGUUUCGAGUAAUUUCGGUUUGAAAAUGCGAGUAGAUAAACGAAGAGAGAGAGAGAUAGAUGGAUAAGUUCAUUGAACGAAAAUAGAUUGAGACGCAAAAUUUAUCCAUAGAGACAGAGAGCUUGGAUAAAGAGAACUUACGAAAAAUUAUUCAUAUAUUUAACGACUGGUGAUAUAAUAACCUGUGUAGGACAGGGGUUCUCGAACUUUUCAAUACUCACAUUUAUGCAUGCAAUAUGAGAUUUCUAUCUGUUUUGAAUUGGUAUAUAUAUGUAUUUUUUUUUCUUGCAGAAUGUAUGACGUAAUUGUAACUACUGUAUUUUUUAUUGACCAUUAACUUUUAUUAAACAGAGUCGAACGUAAGAAGAAAAGAUCUGAGCUGACUAAUUGUUUACGUAGAAGUGUGAAUUUCCCGAAGUAGUAAACAAUUAAACAAAUUUCGAAAUUAUUGUAUUCUUAGUUUUAUUUGUUUUUCUACACCAUUCGGUUUGAGAACCCCUGCUGUAGGAUAAACCAUGUGCCACGGCCUUGCACUACCAUCAACGUACAAAAGUGAAAGAAACAUUAUUUUUAUUUACGAAAUGUAAUUUUUUAUGGAAAGAGGGCGAGAUGACGCAUCUCUCUGACCGACGAAGAAACAGAAGAAAAUAGAACAACGGUCUUCUAUAUUUUGCUAGGCGCGCGAUCGAGAGGAUUUCCUCAGCGAUGCGCAGUCUGCUAAGCUCAGUGAUACCCAGUUUCGAAACCGUAACAUAGUCAUAACCCUGUUCUCUUUGAGAUUAGCUUUGUAAGAUAAAACUGUUUACAUUUAUUACUUAUUGCGAAUGUUAAGCUCAACAUUUGUAUCGGAUGUAGUAAGAUCUUACAUUUCUAGAUUCCCGAGGUACGCAGAUGCGUGAAACCAGAGAGAAGACUGAGAGCGGCCAUCCUAUUGUAGUUUUUUAGCCGCUGGUUUUAGCGCCAUAUCUACAAAAGUGGAUCCACUUUCGUGAAUAGGGUGCUAAAACCAGCGGCUAAAACCGUCAUAAGAAACUACAAUAGGAUGGUCGCUCUCAGUCUUCUCUCUGAUGAAACAUACAGCGCGUUUUGUCUGCCUUAAGAUAUAGGGCGAGAGUAGGAAGAAUGUAUAAAUUCUACGACUCAGUGACUGCGAUUGAAGAGAACAAAAAUACAAAGCGAUUUCGAAAAAAAAAAGAGAGAUUUCGCUGAAACUCGAAACGUGAGAUAUAAUUUAGCGAGAAUCUAGAAAUUUAGAGAUCUUAGAUUCCAGGAAUCUUACAGUUUGAGAGUUUAGAGAAUGCGAGAAUCCUAAAAUAUAAGAAUUAUCUUUAUAUAUACGCUCGUGUAAUACAGUAGGGUGAUUUUCUUUACACAGUAAUACAUUUCUGCCAAGAGUAGCGAAAUAUAGAUAAUUUGUAAGGGAAUCACACAAGUCAUAAUAAUCCUUCACGUAAUGAUAAAACAUUUUUGUAUUUAAAUUCCGACAGACAAGAUUGUGAGGUUUUUUAUUGAUUGAUUUAUGAAACGAUCACACUUGAAUGUAUCGUACAUAUAUUUAUCGCAGUUUGUAGAUAUAGUUUAUAUAGCAAUUACGUUGGCAGAAAUUUGGUACAGUGAUGUUACAAUUAUUUGUUUAUUGUGAAUGGGUAAUUUGUUUAUAUAUUGUCUGUUUUACAGUUUAUCACCAAAAACUAUUUUAUAUACAGUGAGAUCGUGAAAGUUCUCUACUGAACAUUCUUGUUCUUCUUUCUUCUUCGUUUUAUCAAAUAAAAUCUUUUAAUUUCUUAGUUAUUAU